GCUCGGGAGGGCUCUGGGCGGGGGGGUUAAGCUUGGAGCCUGCUUGUCACAGAGAGACCGGAUGGUAAGGGCAAGAGUUGGGAUGCGCUCUGGUGGUGCGUUCCCUGAUGGAACAUCAGCGUGGCCUGGUGGCUGCAGGGGCUGUGCUUUCCCAGGGACCUCUGCUGGCACUCAACACUCUGCAGGCAAUCCUUCCCGGCCGGCCUGGGCGCCCUGCUGUGGGCAUCCCACAGUGAACGCCGAGGUACCACACCUGGGCUGGCUUAGAGGUCAUUCCCUCUGCCUGGAUGUCUUGCCUGGCUAGAGCUUGGCCUCUUUCCUGGGAUUUCUUCUGUCAACAUAGAAUUUGGAUGUGAACUUGGUGGAUAUAAAUUUAAUUUGUGUUUCAUUUAAUGUUCCUGCAAACUAUUUGCGGAGUAGUUUGAGUGAAUUGGACACGACUGAAGCCCAGAGUUUAGUGGCGAGACCCAGACGGGUAGAGUUUCUCCCUUGCAGGUCUUGGUAACAACAGCUUUUAAAAAGCUUUGUGUUAGAACUGUUGAUGAGUGGUUUUUGGCUUCAAAAGGGAUUAUUUUACAGGUAACUGACUUCAUAGGUGGUAUGUGUGUUUGUAGGGGAGAGGUUUCUGGUUCUUUCAGGUAUUAACCUCAAAAAAGAUUCACGUGCUGUUUCUCACACUACCUCUUUCUCAAAAAACAAGCUCUGAAGUAACCAGAUACGAAGCAGAAGGUUUGUAUUAUUCUGUGCACGUUUGUAUGCAGACCUUCUUUUUCCUGGGCAAAGCUGAGGCAGGAUUCAGACGUAAUUUAAAAGCACGUGCAAGAUGCUUUGGUCAGCAUAUAAAGGAGAGGUGUGAUUUUUCAUGUUGGUUCUCAUUUAUGGGAAGACUAUAUUCUGUGGAUGAAAAUCUGUGAUACAGGUGUAUGAUCUAAAGGUUUCUGGGAAGGUAUCAGUGAGGAAACAAUUCAAGGAUCCUAAAGAACAAACUAAUUCUGCAAACAUUCACACGUGUUAAUGAUUCUGGAGAAGGAGAUGCCCCUAAAUCUUGAAGUCUGUUUGAUGGUGCUUUGGUCCUCUUCUGUUUCUGCAACUCUAAGGGUGUGUGUGGACAAGGAUGGAGUGUGAAAUGAAAACCUCAUUUGGCCUGUGCUGUGUCUUAGACUUACUGAGGACGUGUCCUCUGCCCUCAGGAAGCCUAACGACUGCAGUCAGUUGAGAAGAACUGGUACUGGAAGGAUGGGUGUGUUUUAUGGGAGUAAAUUCAAGUAGAGAUUUUUCAGAUCUCACUGCUUUAUUUACAGGGCCAUUUAUGACUAGCACAAGUUGAUAAGCCUCCUGAAGCAGAAUUCAGUUUGACUCUUGCUCUAAACACACAAAACUGGUGAUAGUGUGUUAGGAAUGAAUGGUAACAUUUUGUUAGUGGUUGGGUACAGAGAACAAGGAUGAGAUUUCCUCACGUUCAGUACUGUUUGUACAUUCUGAGCAGUGCUAACCAAAGGUGUAGGCAGAUACGCUGUGCCACCUGGUGAGCUGUGGUUCCCUUUCAAACAAACUUUGUCCUGAAGGCAGUUUGUAUUUCUUUUCUGUGUCGUACGUACAGGUUCUCUUGCUGUCCUUUUGCUCAUGCUUUGCUCUGGGAGUUGUCCCACUGAUGGCAGUAGGAGCAGUAAAAGCCCAAGUGUGUGUCAGUGUUUUGUGCACCCCAAACAUGAGCCUUCAGACUGUGCUGUGGGACCCUUUCUGCCCCAAGCACGGGAACUCCCGGGGUGGGGCACAGGGAUGGUCACUGCUGCAUUUGGAUCAAAGCCCUUGCUUAUUUGUUCUAAGCACAUAAGGGUGUAGAGGGGACCAAAGCUCCAGCAAGCAAAUCCCCUGUGAACAUGCAGCUGGUGAGUCUGGGAGUGUUGUCAGCUGAAUCCAGCUCUUGGAGCUGCAGUUCACCUGACAGCACAGGCACAGCCCCUGGAGGUAGCCAGGGUUAAAGAGCCUUCCCUUUCACCUUGCACAAAUAGGCAAGAGAUACUUGGACAAGCACAGUGUGUCAGCAGUGCUGUUGGGCAGAGGGACAGCUGUUUGUUUUUUAUCCUCCCCCAAAGCACAAUCGAUUUAAAUAUUUACAUGAUCUCUUGCUAAAAGGCUUUCUUUUCUUUCCUGUACUGAUCUGGCUUGUUACUAAGUUAUGAACGGGGCAGAAGGAGAGAUUGGUAAUUGCUAGGUCUUCCACUUGUUGAAAAUUUGUAUCAAUUGUCUUAUUUACUCAGAGAAAUAUGGUCUGGUGUUUUCUAACAGGUUUAAAUGAUGAGGCUUGUGCUUUGCUGCUUAAUAUAAACACUGCUGCUUUUCAUGUGCUUUAUCUAUUUUAAGAUCUUAAUUAGCUAUCUGAACAUACAGGAAAAAAUAUGAAACUUCAGGCAAUACAACUGUGAAGAAAGCAGUAGAAGACUAAUACACAGCCCCUAGGUCCUUCCCUGGCUAACACACACCUGCUCUAGCCUCAGUCACAUCCUGUCUAACUGUUCUGCAUAGACUCUCCUGCUAGGUCACUGCAUCUAAAACUGUGUGACUCUUCAAGGCAUCUAUUUGCAAGUGUUAGUUUAAAGAAUCACCAGCAUUUAAUGACAUGAAACAUUCUGGAUUACAAAGCUCUUGCAGAGAUGGGAAACGUAAAAAUAGAGCUCUCUGGGCUCCAGAGCAAAGGCUGUAGCAAGGGUUACUGUUACACCUAGGAAGUAAUAUUUUUGUAUCAGUAGAUUAUAGGAGAUGCUUUAGUUAGAUAUAUUUGCAGUCUUGGUUGGACUGAGUCCUUGGAUCACUCAUCACACUUGAAAAUUAAAGGUAUUUUACUUCCAUGUAAAAUGGUUUUUACAAGGAGUGUGUUUUGCACACAGGACAGACCAAGACACAACGUGAAAAUAAUUUAGCAUGAGAAAGGUCCUGUGUUUAAUUUGAUAGUAGACAAGAAGUAUUUAAUGUUGUCUUUUCAUGGUUUGCGUUUUAUCGGACGUGCAACUGAUGUACAAGAGCUGUUUGAAGAUGAGUAUGUAUGUACCCGAGGUAGCCUUCAAAGAGUAAAGAUUAACCCCUUUCUGUUGACGUGACUGACAGAGCUCUGAGAGGCCUUGGCAAGGUCUGUGCUUCACGUGCCAAAAUCUGCAGCCCUGUAACUGUUCUUUCGGAAGUAAUCCUUGCCAUUUGCUGUAAUUACCCAUGUAAUCCCCUUGACAAAGACUCUGGCAAAAGUUGCAAGUAAAAAUUAAGCAGAAAAUCUCUUUUAGUGAGUGCAGGCUCAGAUGCAGGGAAGCCCUUAAGGGGCGGUACAAGUGACUGUGUGAGCUAAAUCUCGAAUACGACUAGAUUUUAGUUAGGAUCCAGGACUCUCUUCAGUCUGGACGAGACCCAGGGUUUAAAGCCGAAGUGACUUUGGCAACUACAAAUCCCAGGGAGCCUUGCAAUUAGCGGGUUGGUGACACGGGAUUGGCAUCCUGCAGGGACCAAUGGCAGGCAGAGAAUUCAAGAAAAUCGCUGUGAGCCAGUUGCCAGCGCUGAGCAGCACCGGGAGAGCUGUGGAGCUGCGUGGGAAGCGUCCGUUGCUCUGGGCUACUUUUACGCCCUAGCGUGAGCUUUGGCUUGACACUGGAGUUCCACCCUCUGUGCCCGGGUUGGGAAAGCUCGCUGGGCUAGUCCAGAUGGAUGCGAUUCUCAACUGCAGAGCGGAUGACUUGGAGGAUUACUACAACUUGCUGGGAUGCGAUGAACUGUCUACGGUUGAACAAAUCAUUGCUGAAUUUAAGGUUAAAGCCCUUGAAUGUCAUCCUGACAAACAUCCUGGAGACCCCAAAGCAGUGGAGAAUUUCCAGAAGCUGCAGCAAGCUAAGGAGAUUCUUACCAAUGAAGAGAGUCGAGCGCGUUACGAUUACUGGCGCCGAAGCAAGAUUGCCGUUCCUUUCCAGCAGUGGGAGGCCCUGAGCAAUUCCAUGAAAACGUCAAUGCACUGGGCUGUCCAAAGUAGGAAGGACCAAAUGCUGGAAGCUCCUGACUCGAAUCAUAGCAACAACAUAACUAAUGAGAUUUGGACCCAACCAGCUGAAAACAAUGAAGAUGGAUUGUCAGAUGGGAACAGGGAGCAAGAAGAUGUUGCAAUUCCUGAUGUGAAACCACAGUCUUCAAAGAAUCCAGACUCCCCAAGAUUUUCAGAGGCAAAUUACUGGCACUUGCGUUUCCGGUGGUCCGGGGAUGCUCCAUCAGAGCUUCUCAGAAAAUUCAGAAACUAUGAGAUCUAAAAUGCAAAAUGCAUGAGAUCAUCUGUUUAGCAAUUCAGUAUUUUUUUUUGUCAGCAGUUACAAGUUCUUUGUAUUUAGUAUUCAUUCAUUGUGAUGUGGCAGUUCUUUGAAUAAAUGUCUCUGUACUGAUUUGUUAACACACGUGCUAUGGGGGUGACCUGUGGAGGUCUUCUUGUUUAAUAAGCAAACUGUAAUCAGCAAAGCCCUUUUCAGUAUUAACAGAAAGUGAUUUGGUCAAGUUAUCUAACACCUUAUAUACUGUUUCUUGUAUUCUUCAAUAGUGUGUAGUGAAUAAUACUUUUCUUAAUACUGUGGCGUUAUAAAGAGUGAACUCUGGGUAGAACCGGAAGUCAAUGUUAGACUAUUCAUCCUACUCAGUGAGGAUCUUCCAAAAGCUGAGUGACAUUGAACCUCAAACUCUGCCUGUUUCUAAGCUCUGUACUCUGGUCCACUGCUCCAUUGCAUUGUACUUACUGUAGUGAUCUGUAGUGCAUGCAUGCACAACACUAUUGCAAACUUAGCGUGUUGGAGAAUUGUAAUGUUACGAUAUAGAUUAAGUAAGAACCAUUUGGUUAUUAAAGAAGGCCACUGUGGUAAACCAAGCACUCUUAAAAAUCACUUGCUUUCUAUCUUAACAAGUAUAUUUUUUGCACCAUCUGUUUAUUUUGGAAGGCAGUUCCAGAACUUCACUUUUCCAGUUAGCAGCUUUCUGAGGAUUUAUUGAUAGAUAACAGAUACCCGCUAAGGGCACCAGCAUUGUCCUGUGGCUUGCUUGUAGUUUCCCUCCCCACUCUGUCCUGGUAGAUGGGUCUUACCAGGAUUUUGUAUGGUGAGUAAUGAAGAAUCAGGCCACUCAGCAUUAGUGUGGACAACAUCUCACGUGAAAGUUUUUUGUUAGUUUCUGUGAAGGCUUCUUGCAGCCUGGUCUAGAGUGGGGUGUCCCUGCUCAUAGCAGGGGUGUUGGAACCUGAUGAUCGUGAAGGUCCCAUCCAACCUUAACCAUUCUCUGUAUUCUGUGAUAUUGUGGACAACUUUUCAAGUUCUGCAUUGUGUUUGUUUGUUUUGUAUUUGCUCUCUUGUUUGUUAAUGUGACCAGUAUGUCAGGUAUUGACAUUGUGGUUUUGUGUAGGCAAGUAAUUUCAUCAGCAACAAAUAAACCUGCAAUGCAUACAAAAAGGGAAA